GCCGUCUUGGCCGCGUCGCCUCCUUGGCGAACGGGCGCGUUUGGCGCCACGCCACGCCAUACCGCUGCCACCCACCGCAAUCCAAGCAAGCAGCCCCGCUAUGUCGGUCGCUGUGCUGCGAGUGCGAGCCAUGGAGCUACUGGCACGACCCGCAGCGGCAGCGUCGUCCUCCUGCGCGCGACCCUCGCUACAGCUCCCCGCCCCGGGCACAUCCCGUCCCCGUCGGCCCGGGUUCCCUACUCUCCGCGCAGCUGCGGCGGCAGCGGCGGCGAUCGCCGCGGAGCCGCAAUCGAACGAGCAGCAGAAUAUCAUUAUGGAAACUGAGGUGUUUGCCUGCCCUGUCUGCUACGAGCCAUUGAUGAGAAAAGGGCCACCAGGCAUAAACUUGCCAGCAAUUUAUAGGUCGGGAUUCAAGUGUUCAAAGUGCAACAAGUCAUUUACCAGCAAAGACAUCUUCCUGGACCUCACUGUAACUGCAGGGACAAAAGAAUAUAGCGAACAGAAGCCCGCUAGAACUGAGCUGUUCAGGAGUCCACUUGUCUCAUUUCUUUAUGAGAGAGGGUGGCGACAAAACUUUAAUCGGAGUGGUUUCCCUGGUCUUGACGAAGAGUUUCAAAUGGCUCAAGACUAUUUUCAACCCAUUGCUGGUGGUAUCCUUCUUGAUGUCAGCUGUGGCAGUGGCUUGUUUACUAGGAAGUUUGCAAAGUCUGGGACAUACUCAGCUGUGAUCGCUUUGGACUUCUCUGAGAAUAUGCUCCGCCAAUGCUAUGAAUUCAUUAAGCAAGAUGAUUCUCUCCUCAAUGUGAAUCUCGCACUCGUGAGAGCAGAUAUUUCGAGGCUCCCUUUUGCUUCUUGUUCAGUAGAUGCCAUUCAUGCUGGAGCGGCUAUCCAUUGUUGGCCCUCACCCUCUAAUGCGGUAGCUGAAAUAAGCCGCGUCCUGAGGCCUGGUGGAGUGUUUGUGGGAACCACCUUCUUAUCCUCUCCCAGGAACAACCCAUUCUCUGUUGAAGCACUAAGGCCACUUAGACAGAUUGUUGGACCAGUUAACACCAGCUACAACUAUUUUACUGAAGGAGAGCUAGAAGACUUGUGCAAAUCCUGUGGCCUUGUCAACUACAGCAGCAAUGUUCAGAGGUCAUUUAUCAUGUUCUCCGGGCAAAAGCCAUACUGAAGAAUCCUGUCAAAUCCAAACUCUGUUGUUUCUUCAGGAUUCCUUGCAAAAACACGUUUAGAAGUAUUUGCGUAUAUUUGUGCCAUACUGUGCAUAGGUUCCUUAAUUUCUGUACUAUUCCUUAAUGUAUUCAGUACCAAAAAAAAAUGCAUGCUGCAGACUCUUAGAAAAGCCCUACGUUUCUGUGAAUCAACAAACCUGAAAGCCUAGAAUAAUGCUUGAAUUCUAUUGCUCUCCU